AAAGCUGAUUGUGGCAAUAACAAGACGGUCAAUAGCAACGUAGGCAACAGAGUGGGAGUGGAAGGAGUUCGGUUUUCGGUUUUACAUCGUUUUCUGAAUAAUGAGUCGCCAUGAAGGGGUCAGUUGUGAUUCUUGUCUCAAAAGCAACUUUAAUGGACGCCGUUACAAGUGUUUAAUUUGUUAUGAUUAUGAUUUAUGCGCUGAUUGUUACGAGGAGGGUGUAACUUCUACUCGUCAUUUGGUCGAUCAUCCAAUGCAAUGCAUUCUAACGCGUUCCGACAUUGAACUGUUUUUUGGUGGUGAAAUGCUCAAUUCGGAGCAGCCACAAAGCUUCACAUGUCCUUAUUGCAAGAAGAUGGGCUUUAGCGACGCUACUUUGCUGGAACACGUUUCGGCCGAGCAUACGGAAACCAGCCUUGAAGUAGUGUGUCCAGUAUGUGCCGGACUACCGGGCGGUGAACCGAAUCUAGUCACAGACGACUUUGCCGGCCAUCUAACAUUGGAGCAUCGAACGGGACCGCGUGAAUUGAUUUCAUUUCUGGACGAACCAUCUGCUAUCCGACAUGGAGGCGGUGUACGUCGUAUUCCAGGACGUACGCUUGGCGGUCCUCGCGCUCGUCGUUCCAAUAUGCACUUUAGUUCAUCAAGUGGCUUGUCGGCCCUAUCACCAUCCGGAAGGGAAUCGGUUGACCCGAUUGCCGAACUACUCUCACAGUUAUCGGGUGUGAGACGAGGCGGACCGCAGACGUCCCAAUUGCAACAAUUGCAGAUGCAAAUACAAUUGGAACGCCAACAAGUGACGGCAACACGCCAACAGUUGGAACGUUUGCCCCGUCGGGCUCAUCCAAUGGUCUCUUCAUCGAAUUCGAAUGCAACCAUGCCGGAGGUGAUAAGUAGCGGCCCAAUAUUGAGUGGCAGUGGAUCUGGUGGUAGCGGUGGCAGCGGUGCAAGCGGUUCUGGUAGUGUUAAUGGUGGUGGUGCCAGCUCUUGUCGCACCAACGAAUGGAGUGUGAAUCCGUCGUUAGCCGCCCAACAACAAUCCCAAUCAGGCCUGACAGGCAACAAUGCACUCAACAGCAGAGAAGUAAGCGGCGGUGGCAGCGGCAGUGUGAAUGGGGGAAGUGGCAGUAGUGCCAGCAAUGUACUUGGCAUGUCGGUUACUGGUGGAACAGUAGGUACGGGUGUUAAUGGCCCGGGAACCGGAACCGAUGGUCAAUCGCAGUUUUUGCUAACAAAAUUCAUGCAGCCAACAUUGAGUGAUACAGAAUGGGCUGAAAUGGAGCGCGAAAGGUCUGAUCGUUCACAAUUUGUACAAGCGCUUCUGUUGUCAACACUUUCCUUUGACUCGCUUGACGCUAUUGCAAUUAGUGGUGCCGAAGCUGAGCGCGAAAAUCGCGGCGAAUCGCAGGAAACCAACAGUGAUAAUGUAAAUAAUGAGAAAGUCUCGGCUGCGAACACAAAAAGCGACGCCAAUGCGAGGGAAUCGCUGAUGAACAAUAACACAGAUGCCUCGGCACAAACCACAAACACCAGUGGCAGCGGCGGCGGCAGCAUGCAUGUAAGCGGUGGGCGCCAACAGGUGCAUCAGCAGCAACAAACCUCGCCGGAGGAUAUUGCCGACGAGUACAAGCAAUUGCAGCAGCAGCAACAACAACAACAGCAAGCACAGCAGCAAACCUACGCAUCAAAAAAGAAAUCAACCAGCAACACUAGUGCAAGUGGUGGGGCUGGAGCCGCUGGCGGUAAAUCGACAGCUGACAGAGGCAUUGAGCGACGGGGCCGUCCACCACCCCCACCAGUUGGCGGUGGCGCAGCGGCUACUGGCUCACAACCGCAACAACAACAUUCUAGGUAGUGCUAUCGUCCUCAUCAGCCAUGACAUGAACAUAAACAAAAACAGCAACCGCAAAAACUAAAACUGCAACAUAAAAACAAACAGAAGAAACAACAGAACGAAAACAUCCACAGCCACAUCCAGAACAACAAGAACAAAUCCAAUCUCGCACAGCAGCAACAACAGCAGCGACAACGGAGACGAACGGUGUGGUCAAUAGCAGAUGCAAAAACACAACGCUAUGAAAAUGAAGGUGCAGUUGAAACAAAUGGUAUAAUGGAGGAGGAAGGGGGGAGUGUUGAUGCUGAGGCAGUAUGUAGAAAGGCGACGACGACGAUGCAAUGUGGACGUGGACGUGGUCGACGGCAAGACGACGAUGACGGCGACUACGGGUACAUAAGAAGCAGCAGAAGCAACAACCAGAGCAAAACAUUAUAAAUAUGGUUUAUUAAAUAUAUUAUAAUUAUUAAAAUUUAUAUAAUUAUAAAAGAAAAAAAAAACAACAAAGAGAAGGCAACCCAACCAACCAACACAUCUAUUGUAAUCAAAUGAACUAAUUAUAAUUUUAAAGAAAUUGAACAUUUAAAAUUAAAGGAAACACUAUUAAAACAUAAAUAACGAAACAAUA